GAUAGAUCCGGAGGGGAGCACACGUUUUGUUUGACGAGGGCCCUGUCGUCGUGACGUCAAUGCGCUUUUUUAUUUUUUAUUUACGGAUGGACUGUCCCGCCCUUUUCGCAUGUCCAUCGAAGGGCGUAGCGUCGAGCCUUGCAUAUUCCGCAGGCGUCUGACCAAGAAACGCCCCCGACGGGUGAAAAGUUGACAAAUUUUGUGGACUCGCCCUCUCCUUCCUACCCCAAUAAACCCUUGCACCCCUCCCAUUUUCGGGGGUUCUCGUUACCUGGGCGGGGAAAAGAGGACAGCGAGUGGGCAAAGCAGCGGUCGAGACGGUAUUAUCCUCCAGCAGGUUUUCUCUUUCCUGCCCAAAAAGCCAGACCCUCCACCCUGUCCUCUGACCGUGAUCGCCCGUCUGCCCACCGAUCACCAGAAAAAAAAAGGAAGGAAAACCAAGCUUCGCCGACCCCGUCUUGGCCUAAAACGAGCCAUCAACUCGCCGGCGAGACCCAUAAUUCCAGGAACCCGAUCGGCGCUAGCAGGACCGCGGGCGGCCGACGGUGAGCCCUUCCUUUUCCGGGGCCAUCUAGUUCCCCCCAAAAGGUCAGCGGAGCCAAGGCGCCCCGUGCCCGCCCCAGACCUUGGUCGGUGAGAGCCGCCACCACCACCGCCCCCGGGGCAUAUCGCCCAUAUCUCGAGGCGGUUUAUACCCACCCGCCGCCGCCACCAUGCAUCGCAGCACGCUGCGUAUCUCCAGCCUCGGGAGGACCCCUCCGCCGCCGCUGGGUGCCGGGGCGGUGAGGUUCACGGGCCUCCAGACCCCGCCGGCAAGCCCGGACGCGGACCUCGACUGCCAGCUCGGGAAGCUGGCGGUCAGGGACCACCACCACUACCAGCCAAUCACGGCGACGACGACGACGCCCGGGCGGCAGCAGCAACAGCACGCCGGUUCCGAGGGGGGGCUCCUCCUCCCGCCGUCGCCGGCGACGACGCCCGACGCGGCUUCACCGCCGCGGCGCGACCCCAUCGCAGCAGCAGCCGCGGUGCCGCCCGAGGAGGAGGAGGAGCCAGAAGCGGCGAGCCCAGAGCAGGGAGUGGAGGGUGGUGACCCCGCCCUUGGGGAUGGGGCCGUCGUGGGCCCGCCACCCGCCGGGUUCCGCUUCUUCCCGCUGCUGCCGGCCGAGCUGCGCAUCCGCGUGUGGGAGCUGUCGUUUGAGCCCCGGGUGGUCGAGCUGCACACGCGCCGUCUGCACUACGCCGACGACUUUCGCCAUGGCGGGCAGAUUUAUUGGCAUUCGCAGUGCGCAAACCCGGCCGCGCUAUCGGUAAACGUCGAGGCGCGCGAGAUGGCCCUCGCCCGCUACUCGGUGACCAUCCCCCUAACCAUCCCACCACAGGGCCGCCGACGCGCCUCGGUGGCCGACCCGGGCGCCGACGCGUACCACCGGCUGUACCUGGACCCGGCCUCGGACACGGUCGCGCUGCUGGGCGAGCUGGACCUGAGCCUGCUGCGGUCGCUGUUCGGCGUGGUGCGCGCGGCCGACCCGACGGGCCGCGGCGUGCGCCGCCUGGGCGUCAGCGCCGCCUGCUUCAAGCACCAGGGCCUGCUGUCCAUGUACGCAAAGACCGUGUUCCGCGACGUCGACGAGCUCGUGCUCUUCAUGUACGUCUGGAGCGUCCCGCCCGAGCCCUGGUCCCAGGGCCGCUGCGUGCUCGAGGACUGCGCCGACAAGGACUUUCUGCGCCGCUGGGAGAUGACGGUCGGGAAGCACUUCAAGAGCCCCGACGGCCAGUGGCUGAGGGUGGGCAAGGCGAACAAGGAGAUUCGCAUCAUGGAUCUGCUCUUCCUUCCCAGGGGCUAUUCAUAAAUCGAGCUGGAGCGCAACGACGACGCCCAGGGUUGGUCGGGACCUUUGUUUCAUUUACCAAUACACUAGUUAGCAUGGUAAUCUUUGCUCAGCAGACAAGGCGCACAAGGAUUGAACUUUUUAUUUUAUUUUAUUUUUCUUAUUUCGGGAAACUAUUCAAAUUGUCAUGUCGUUAGAGGCACCGACGAGUGCUUGAGCGGCAGCUGCCAUAACACGUCUUCCGGCCUAGGAUUGAACAUGUUCGUGACAUCAGGGGUCUCACGAAAUCUUAGAUCCCCCAAGGCCCCAUCAGCCAUCAAGACUGAUAUAAUUGACCUCUGGCAUUUGCCGCUGCUUCAUGCGGG